AUGCUCUUCAAAACUCUUCUCAUCUCUGCCACUGCUGCUCUGGCUGCUCCUGUCGCUUGCGACACCCAGGUUGACACUCAGUCAAACACCCAGAAGUACUCCCUGAAUGCCAUCCUGCCUGGUCAGGGAGCCUCUGGUAUGAAGCCUCUGCAGGUCCGAGAAGACUCUAUCGUCUACGGUCUCACUCAGGGCUACUCUUACUUCAAGCUUGAUGCUGUUGGGGACAAUCUCGUCAAUGUGGAGUCUCCCGGCCAGGGUCCCAGAGAGCUCUAUGCUGCUGAUGAUGGCGAGCUUGUCGUCAACGAGCACCCUGCCCAGGUUGGAAAAGGAUACAACGGAGGUUGGGAGUUCAAGGGUGACGGAUCUGUCCAGGACGUGACCUACUACGGAGCCAACGAGUGGUACUCUUGUACCUCCAAGGAUGAUCCUCUCCACGGCGGCCAGGUUGUCCACAUCAAGAAGGGCGACAAGUACGCCUGUGAAAACCCCAUCAAGCUUACCAUUGUUGCUGCCAAGGACUAG